AUGAUGGUCCUCUACCUUGGCACGGAACCUGGGGUCAGCCUUGGGAGAGGGACUGGAACGGCGGCCUUCCAGGUGGAUGGCCCAAAUGGAGGACAAAUUGGUGGACUCGGUGGAUGGCCAAUGGGAGGAGAAAAUGACAGACAUUUCCCCGGUGGAUGGCCUAGGAGAGGACAAAACGGUGGACCUUCCGGUGGAUGGCCGAUGGGAGAAGAAGACCAAAGUGGUUCAUUUGGUCCAUGGCAGAAGAGGCGCUUCGGUGGAUUCCAUCCAAAUGGCCCGGAAGAGUUCGGACCACGUCCAAGAUUCUGA